GGUGUAUAUGUGAUAAAAUUAAUAGGAAAUUAUUAAAAGACAAUUAUCCUAUCGAUAAUAUUUUUUAUCCUUUAAAUACAACAAUAACUGCAAAUGAAAGCAAUUGUCUUUCAUGUAACAAUACAACCUGUGAUUGUACCACUGAUGAAAUACAAAUAAACAGACAUUUAAAUAAUACAUUUACAGACACUGAAUGUUAUAUUUCAUGUCCUAAUAACCAUUAUCCAUCUUUGGAUAGAACCAAAUGUUUUCCAUGCAAGAAUCUUGACUAUAAUUAUUACAUAGAUUAUAUGUAUCCAACAAAUAACUAUUAUGCACCGAUACAAGAUCAUUGUUCUUUUAAAGAUUCUUCCUUCAAUAAGCAGAAUCUCACAGUUGUAUAUCAAGUAAAAUUUGAAACAGGAAAUAUAGACAGUUACUAUUUUAGAAAAGAAUUACAAAUUGCUUUAUAUUUUUGUAAGAGAAAAAAUGAAUUGGCAUGUGAACAUUUAUCUAAUAUGUGUGUCUUAAGUCUUUAUACUAAUGAUAUUGCAUGCACAUUAUUUAUGCAACCUCGGGUAGCGCCUAGAUGGUUAUUUUAUGAUAAAAAUGAGACCAUGGUUGCAUUAAGAAGUACACAAAUCACACAUAGGUACAAUCUGUUAAGGUAUAACAAUGAAAACAUUCUGAAUUUUACAGUUGCUACGUUUUCUUUACACGGUAUUUUUAAAUUUAUUGGUACACCUGACAUGCCAUGUCACUUACUGGAGCAGAUUAAAUUUGGCAUAAAUUUAAAAAAGAAAUGUAAACUCACAAUUAAAAACUUAUUGAUUACAAAAACAGAAUUUAUGACUCCUUAUUUAACAUUUAUAGAAAAUAAUAAAAUUUUGAUGCAUGCAUUGCCUGUAUUUGUCACAAAUAUUAAUAAGAAUAAUAAUGAAAUAUCAACUUGGCAAUUAGUACGAAAAUUUUUCUUUGUUGAUAAUGUUAGUGGUUUUAAAACACUAUCAAACAUUUCAGUUGAUGAAGUUAACAGAGCUAAUGAAUUAUCUGUAUUAAGAUACAUGAAAUCUUUAAAUGUUAUCAUUAAUAUUCAAUCUUCAGAACAUAGAAACAAAAUAUUUCCUCCUUUAUUGAUUAUCGAAUAUGCUGAGUUAAUGUAUGAACAAAUUAGUAAAACCAUGGAAGUGACAUUAGAUUAUAAAGUUGAAUUUACUUUAAAUGACAGCACUAUUGAUACAAAUCUUAAGAUAAUCACUGGAAUCUUCUCAGCAUUAGCUCUUGUAUUUUCCUGUAUAAGAACUUGGAGUUAUAGCAAACGUCAUCAUACUUCAUUCUUUAACAUACGUAUACUACUUUGGGCUUUCAUAUAUGCUGUGGGUACUGUUGGAAGCAUAAUUCUUUUAAGUUUGAUCAUAUUUUGUACAUAUUUAUUUACAUUUUAUAAAGGGCAAACAAUACCAUAUAUUUUACUUCCUGGAGAUAUAAAUGAAGAAACUAUUAAAAUAUUUACUAUACUAGCAUUUUCCUUUAAAUUUAUAGAAAUGCUUGGAUUUAUUUGUCAAUAUUCGAAUAUUGACAUAAUUUUUCUUGAUUGGGAACAACCAAAAUCAGCACAUAAUCAAUUUAAAUAUGAUUCCUCAAAUAAUUUUGUAAACAAAUUACAUGCAAACAAGAUUCUAAAAAGUAAAUACAAAGUGUUACAGACGCCAUCAGAAUUAAUAACAGCCAAACGAAAAAAACUAAUACAUCAAUUACAUAAAGAAAGUAAUUUUUACUAUUUUGACAAAUCUCCUAUAACUGACACAAAUAAAACUGAUUUUUCAUCGCAGUAUUCAGGAUCAAGCAUUUCUAUUCAAGAAAAAAAUAGUAAUUUUCACAGCUUUCCUAUUAGCAUUUGGAGAACAUACUUUAUUGCAAAUCAGUGGUUGAAGCUUCAAACAAAAAGAAAAAUAAGUGUAAUAAUUCAGUUAGUUGCUGUCUUAUGUACUUAUCAGGUUAUACAACUGUAUCCUAGGAUUUUUGCAAUAUCAGAGUUAACAUCUAACUCUUCUGAUGGCAAUUACAAUUUUAUUCUGUAUUAUACAAUAUGUACUUUGAUAUACACUUCAAUAUACUGUAUUCAAUGGUUAAUAUCUAUUGCAUUCUACCAAUCAUGUCUCACAAAUACAAUACAAGAAUUUGUAAAUCUAUGUUCAAUUGCAAAUAUCAGUGUAUUUAUUUUACCAUUUAAUUAUUAUGGCUUCUACAUUCAUGGAAGAUCAGUGCAUGGAUUUGCAGAUAUAGAUUUGCCUACUUUAAUGGAUAAUUUAGAAAAAGAAAAAAACGAUUUAUGUGCGCAUAAAGGUCUUGUACCAGGGACAGUUCAACAAAUUUUUAUAUUAUCUUUAACACCAUCUUUCAAAAAUAUGUUUAAGAAAAUUUUUUUAACAGCAAAAACUAAACAAAAUAAUUUCCUGAAAUCAUACUCUGUUACUAGUAUAAACUGGAAACAAAUUUCUGAUGGUCAAUUUAAAUUGAAACAAUUUUUGUAUAAGUUUGUAGAUCACUGUUUGAAAGAGGAAGAUUAUAUUAUUAAAGAACAACAUUUCUUUGAAAAGUUAUUUAAUAUUUUAUUUCCUCAUAAUGAAGACAAGUCAAUUUUUUAUAUUGAUAAUAAGUACUCCUUUGAUGAAGUAUUAUUGUAUGGAAAUGAGUGGUUAUUGGCAACAUUUGAAAUGUCAGUAUUCGUUUUCAUCAUAGUAUUAUGUAAAGAUUGUAUAUUGGCUAUUACAAUCACAAUAUUAAUAUCUGUAUUAUUAAUUACAAUAGUUGAGCAUAAUAGUAAAAGAAAUUUGGAUAAUAAUACAUUAUUGGAUACAACAUUUCUUACACAAUAACAUUUACAUAAUAAUAUCAUGUAAUUGUAUAGUAUUUGAUACGUAU